AUGGCUUUUUGGAAAUGUAAUCCAGACAAAUCUAAAAUUCCACAUAAAAACGUUCCCGAUUGCGUGAUAUUCCACUUCAUUGACGAUGGUAACUUGACAGUUGACAUCAAUGAAAUUGUUAAUUGGCGCUCAACAACUCUCAUUUGUGAUGGUCAAUCCUAUGAGAUAAAUCUAAAAAGAACGAGAUACAGUUUGACUCGGGGACUUGAACCCGAUAAAAUUGUUGGAAUAACAAUAAUAGACGAAAAAUUAACGUUUAUUAUGAAAUGGAAAAACGCUAAAGAUGGCAAGGUGGAUUUCAUUAGUGCCAAAGAGGUGUAUGAAAAGUGGCCAGACUUAGCGUUUGAAUACUAUCAAGCUCGUCUAACUUAUACAUCACCUAGUGGCGAAAAAAGAUUGAUGGGAUAA